CUCGCUUUACGCCGUUUAACCAAGACUUAUGAUUCAGUUGGUCGCCUUAGCCAUCGUUCACUGGCUGUGGAUCGAAUCACAAUGGCCGUGUUGCCUACCGAAUGUUUCGGUUUACUCGGGGUGAAUGGAGCGGGUAAAACCACAACAUUCCGGAUGAUUACCGGUGAUUUGGACUCGUCCGAGGGGUUGAUUUUGAUCAAUGGAUACGAUGCUCAACGAUCGAUUGGCUAUUGUCCGCAAUUCGAUGCACUGCUCACCUACCUCACGGGCCGUGAAACACUUGAGUUUUAUGGUCGCAUCCGCGGUCUGUUGGACAGUCUUGUCAAAGCAGAAGUAGAACGCUUGCUACACGAGUUGCAGCUUACUCAUUACGCGGAUGUUCAAGUGAAGCACUACAGUGGUGGAAAGCGGCGUAAACUCAGUGUUGCAGUUGCACUGAUUGGAGACUCACCACUGCUCUGUCUGNCUCUGUCUGGACGAGCCAACAACCGGAGUAGAUCCGCUAUCCAGACGUCGUGUUUGGAACGCUAUUAUCCGACACAAUCAACGCGGUCGCACGGUCUUGCUCAGUUCGCACAGGUAUUUUAA